AUGAGUAGUCCAGUAUACAAACCAGUGUGUCAUGAGUGUCUAUCUAAACUCUUUCAUGUGGCCCCCUUUCUAAUUCUUUUUCUUCAUUCACACUACUAUCUCUGUCCAUUUAUAUCUGUCUAUAUAUCUUAUUCCAUUCACUUCUAUCUAUCUAUCUAUCUAUCUAUCUAUCUAUCUAUCUAUCUAUCUAUCUAUCUAAAUUCUUUAUUUUCUCAUCAUCUCCCAUAUCUAUCUAUCUAUCUAUCUAUCUAUCUAUCUAUCUAUCUAUCUAUCUAUCUAUCUCAAUCUGUUCAUAUCUAUCUAUCUAUCUAUCUAUCUAUCUAUCUAUCUAUCUAUCUAUCUAAAUUUAUCCCCCUGUCUCUGACGAUCUAUGUCAGUCCAUUCAUCUCUCUCUCUCUCUCUCUUUCUCUCGCUGUGUUUCGCCAUUCAUUCUCUGUCCAUCCAUCUCUCUCUAUCUCAAUCUGUUCAUAUCUAUCUAUCUAUCUAUCUAUCUAUCUAUCUAUCUAUCUAUCUAUCUAUCUCAAUCUGUUCAUAUCUAUCUAUCUAUCUAUCUAUCUAUCUAAAUUCCUUAUUUUCUCAAACCAGCCAAUACUGAUAUCUAUCUAUCUAUCUAUCUAUCUAUCUAUCCCAGUCUAUCUAUCUAUCUAUCUAUCUAUCUAUCUAUCUAUCUAUCUAUCUAUCCCAUCAUCUAUCUAUCUAUCUAUCUAUCUAUCUAUCUAUCUAUCUAUCUAUCUAUCUAAAUUUAUCACCCUCAGCCAUUCAUCUCUCUCUUUCUUUCGCUGUGUUUCGCCAUUCAUUCUCUGUCCAUCCAUCUCUCUCUCUAUCUAUACCUGUUCAUAUCUAUCUAUCUAUCUAUCUCAAUCUGUUCAUAUCUAUCUAUCUAUCUAUCUAUCUAUCUAUCUAUCUAUCUAUAUCUGUUCAUAUCUAUCUAUCUAUCUAUCUCAAUCUGUUCAUAUCUAUCUAUCUAUCUAUCUAUCUAUCUAUCUAUCUAUCUAUCUAUCUAUCUCUGUCCAUAUCUAUCUAUCUCAAUUUGUUCAUAUCUAUCUAUCUAUCAAUCUAUCUAUCUCUCCAUAUCUGUUCAUAUCUAUCUACCUAUCUAUCUUAAUCUAUUCAUAUCUAUCUAUCUAUCUAUAUAUCUAUCUAUCUAUGUAUCUAUCUAUGUUCAUAUCUAUCUAUCUCAAUGUGUUCAUAUCUAUCUAUCUAUCUAUCUAUCUAUCUAUCUAUCUAUCUAUCUAUAUCUGUUCAUAUCUAUCUAUAUCAAUCUGUUCAUAUCUAUCUAUCUAUCUAUCUAUCUAUCUAUCUAUCUAUCUAUCUUUUUUGUUCGUUUCCAUUUUCAGUUCAUAUCUAUCUAUCUAUCUAUCUAUCUAUCUAUCUAUUAUCUCAGUCUGUUCAUAUCUAUCUAUCUAUCUAUCUAUCGUCUGUUCAUAUCUAUCUAUCUAUCUAUCUAUCUAUCUAUCUAUCUAUCUAUCUAUCUCAGUCCACGUCUGCCUUGCUGAAAUCGGAAUCAAUUGCUGGUUUUGCCGGCGAAAACAUUUUAUUUAUUUUCUUUCUUACUUAAUUUUCCUCCUUUCAAACGGCUUCUAA